AUGCUUAUCUAUAUGUACCCUUAAUAUAUUAUAGUAUUCUAAGUACUAUAGCGUUAGCUAUAAAUAAUUUUGUUUUAGUUAUUCUUUAAAAAUUAUCUCUUCGAACUCUCUUAGAAUUUUUAACUUUCCUCGCUUAGUACCUAGCUUAGUACCUAGCUAGUACUAGGUAGUACCUAGUGCUUAGUCGGGCCGGUCGGAAUAAUACCUAGGCGCGCUACAGGGCUUGGUCCGACUAUCGGGAACCUAGAAUAGGACACUUUUACUAGCGUUUUAAGCUAAAUUACGUAACUAUACGUACCGGCUAUAUAUAUCUAUCUAUCUAUCGUGUAAGUCCCUCCCUCCUAUUCCUGUUCCUGUCCCUCCCUCCUGUCUCUCCCUCCUAUCCCUCACUACGUAGGUACUGUCCCCCUUCUCUCGCUUCCUCUACCUAUAGGUCCUUCUACAUUUUCCCCCUUUCCCCCUCUCCCCCGCCCUUCUUAGUAAGUAGGUAAGGACAUAGACGCAGAAAUAGUUGUACUAGCCGGUCUGUCCUUCUUCUACGCAAAGUAACAAGUAGAGAGAGGGCGGAUUAGUAGAUAGAGAAAUAUAGAGUAAGAGGGGCAUUUAAAACAACGAAAUAGGAACACCUGAAUCAGGUGUUUUUGGCCAUUUUGUACAUACAUCAGGUGUUCCCGUACUAUGUAGGACGGUAAAUUGGAACACCUGAAUCAGGUGAUUUGGGGGCACCUGAUUUAGGUGUUUUGCUCCCACUAGGAGUAAGGUUCUAAUCACAGUUUUCAAGAAGUCCAUUCAUCAACUCGUAUCAACAGCCAGUUGCACCCGAGCAUAGUUUCCUCUUUGGACACCUCCUUUACCUCAAGAAAUAUGGCGAUAAUCUCCCCAAUGGUGCUCAUUUCCAGUACAUGUUCAGCGAUAUCUAUCAAGAAUCAUUCCAAGAUACAGGAGUAUUCUAUCUCGACAUAUGGCCUCUAAGUCCCAUGUUUCUCGCUGUCUUUUCUCCCAAGACAGCAAUCAUAGCCACUCAAACAAAUACAGGAAUCGCUUCAAGGAAACCCGAUCUUCUUCCACGAUUCUUCAAACCCAUCGCUGGGGGAUUGAAUUUAUUUAACCUUCCUAAGGCGGAUUAG